GUUUCGAACUAAUCACGUGACAUUAAAAUGGCAGACGAACCGAUACUUCCGUGAACAUGACCUGUCAAUGUUGUUUUGAAAUUGGUGCUCAAUUUAUAGUUAAACUGUGUUCAUGACAAAUAAAUAUGAAAUCUCUGGAAGCAAAAGUUGUUGUAUUAGGAUCUCAAGGUGUUGGUAAAACCAGUGUUGUGAUUCGCUAUGUUGGAGGCAUGUUCAGUAAGGCUGUGAGUCCAACCAUUGGAGCUUCAUUCUUCACCUAUAAACUAAAUGUAGGCGACUACAGAGUGAAGCUUCAGGUUUGGGAUACUGCUGGACAAGAACGAUUUCGAUCCAUGGCUCCUAUGUACUACAGAAAGGCAAAUGCUGCCAUGUUGAUUUACGAUAUCACGUCAUCAGACACCUUCUAUGAUAUAAAAGACUGGGUCACUGAAUUAAAGAGGAACAUUGAUACACCAAUAGUGACCUGCCUUGUUGGUAACAAAUGUGAUCUUCAGGAUGCUCGUCAAGUGAAAAUGGACGAUGCCCAGGAAUAUGCAGAAACCAUUGGGGCCUUAUUCAGUGAAACCAGUGCCCUUAAAAACACAGGUAUAGAGGAAGCAUUUCUAGAAGUGGCCAAAAAGCUAAUCCACCUCUACGAGACCUCUCCCACGUGUGGUCUGCAAACCAUGGACCAAAAAAAUGCUCUAGAGAACAAUGAUGAACGAAUCCACAUAGACCCUCCAUCUAGACAAACAGGACCCCCUCCGCCAACACAGAGUUCGUCUAAGUGCAACUGUUGAUCCUUCUCCUUAGCCAUUGUGGUGUAAAUCUAUUGUGCGUUAUAUAAUGAUAUUUUUAUUCCAAAAAGCCUAAAGGCAUGUUUUAAAACCAGUGUUGGAGCAUAACAGGGUCACCACCAAUUACACCCACGUUUUUCUAAGUGUAACUGUUGUGCCUUUUUCUCAGUAGGUGGUUAAAUUGGUGCAAAUGUUGUGUAAUAAUCCGAAGCUAAGUCAAGACAUACUCUUCAAACUCCACCUGUAGAGGCUUAUUGUUGACAAAUGGGGUGUAAAUUAUGUGUUUUUAAUAAGCAGAACCAUAGUCAUUACAUAUAGGCCAAACUCCAACUACAAAGAACUCUCUUCAGUGCAACUGUUGAAACUUUUCAUCAGCCAUUGUGUUGUGAAUUGAUUUACCAGUAUGUAGGUUUGGGUCAUUGGGUUGUUAUUCUUAGUGUUAUUAUAAAUUCUGAGGUGCACCUGUUGAUACUUUUCUUUGGCCUAAGUGGUGUAAAUAUAAUAUAGUACUAUUUUUAUAAGGAAAACAUGUCAGAGGAAUGUUCUAGUGGCAAAGCAUUAUGGGUCACCUCAAUCACACAGAUGGGCAGUCUCAUCUUUUUCUUGGAAAGAUUUGUUGAUGUGUAUAUUUUUACAAGAACCAAUGUAAUUUGUUACAGAAAAAAAACAGAGGAAAUGAUUGAGAAUAAUGAUCUUUUGUCAAAGUGCAUGUGUGGAUCUUUCUUUGAUUACUUGCAUAUAAUAAUAAUUAAUAUAUUGCAUAUAAUAAUAAUUAAUAUAUUUUGAUACAUUUACAGUCAGCUUUUUAUUGAUUGCAAGUAAAUUGUAUGUUUAGUGACAAAACAAUUUGUUCAACAAAAGGCAAAGAUUGUAUCUUUUAUGAACAUUUUGUUCAACAAAAGGCACAGUUUUUAUCUUUUUAAAUAAAAUAUCUAUUUUACAUUCAUCACUAAAUGUGUAAAUGUGGGAUUUUGUUAUUGAUGCUUAGCUUAACUUUGUUAUCUCAAAGUCGAACAAGAAUACAAUUCAGACUUUGACACUACAUUUCAGCGUUCAUGACCAUAUCAAGAAAGCUCCCUGUAAUAAGAUAGUGGCUCUUUGCUUGCAUUCUGUCCCGGAAGUUUUCAAGUGUUUUAACAGCAAAAUAAGUAUUUUUGUAAUGUACAUGUAUAUAAGUAGAGCUUUUAAUUUGAAAACGAAAUAUAUUAUCAAUAAUACGCAGAUGUUGAAUUCAUUCCCGAAAAAUCAGCAUUAUAAAUUUUGUUUCUUUGCAUUUGUGAUGUAUGUGGUAACCAAGCCAUGGAUUUUAAUGAAUACUUUUUUUAUUUAUUAAUAAGUUGUUUGUUGUUCUUUUGUUAUAAAAAGUGUAGAAAGCCUUUUAUAUGUACAUAAAAUUCAUAUAUUGCUGAUGAGUAAUAUGUUAUUUACUUUAUGUUAAGUGUGAACACAGCAAUGCAAGGUUUUUAUUUGUAUUCCCUCACUAAGUGGCAUAUACAUGCAGAUUUGCUUGUGUCUAUCAGUAUGUUCAUACAUUCCCAAAUUGUGAUCUUCACUCCGCAAAACUAAUAUGUAGAUUGUGUUCUUAAACCUUCACAUCUUAAGGACAAAAGGGAUUACACAUUUGUCAGAAUUAUGGCCCUUUUAAGUCAAAGCUAAUCAAGCGCACACUUGAAGUGGCCGACUGGCGUUACUCCAGGUGAAGUCCAGGACAACCAUGUAUACUCAGUCAUAAACUCAGAUAGUAUUUUAUUAAACUUUGGUUUACAUUUGUGGUCAUAUAGUCUUUGCCAAGUUUCAUUAACAAAUGGAGCUUUUUUUUAUUAAUAAAAAAAUAACCUUGUUGGUUCUCCAACUCAAAUAGCUAAAAUCGUAUCAUAAAAUAUAUUUUUGGCGACCACUUAUUUAGCAACGAUACAUCCUUCACAAACCCAUGUAACCAAGACAUUUGUAUAGGCAUAUUUUGUACAGUUGGAAAAAUUGUUUUGCUAUAGAAUAUGCAGAAGCAUACAGUUUUUAUGGAGACAUAUAGUAUAAAUAACUGUUUGAAAUAUGCUGUUUGCCUGUGAUCAAACACGUGUAUUCUGGCCCAUCUGUUAGUCAUCUAGUGUUUGUCUGCAAGUUUGUACGUUUUCCAUUGUAUGUGUUAUUGUACUAGUUGCUUUUUGGUACACUAAAAGAUUUCAAAUUAAG